UUCUUUUGUUCAACUACUCCUAUUCUUUUCUGUAGGAGAGUGAAAAAAAAGGAUUUAUGAAUAGACUUUAUGCCAUCCAGGAGGUGUGUGUCAGUGUCCAGAAUAUCCUUGAUGAAGUGGCUUCCUUCGGAGAAAGGAUCAAGAAUACAUUCAACUGGACUGUCCCAUUCCUGAGCUGGCUGGCGAUUGUUGCCCUCUCCAUGUUCACCAUCAUCCUGUAUUUCAUUCCACUGAGAUACAUUGUCCUUGUCUGGGGGAUUAAUAAAUUUACAAAGAAGCUUCGAAGUCCGUAUGCAAUCGAUAACAAUGAGCUACUUGACUUUCUCUCCAGAGUUCCUUCAGAUGUGCAAGUGGUGCAAUACCAUGAACUGAAACAAGAUCCCAGUCACAGCCCAAGCAAGAGGAAGAAAAACAAUCCUGGCUAGCCAGCUUCACAUGUUGAGGAGACUAGCAUCUGCUGGGGGAAGAUAAAAGAAAAAGCCUACAGCCUAAGCAGCGUUUCCUUUCUCUAAGCUUUUUAUUUAUUUUGCC